GGCUGCUGUGCUGUUGCUGUCGUGGCGUGGCUGGUCGCGCCAGGCGGGGAACUUCACCACACUGGAGCCCGGAGUCCCACUCUCUCACCUGCGCAGUUCGGAGCUGCCAUGGGUUUCUCAACAGGAUAUACUGUCCUAAUUAUUCUACCGGCCUUUCUGCUGCACACCAGCGGCCUUUACAUCGCCAGUAGCGUUGACUCCCUGCAGCACAUCCUGGGGGAGUAUGGACUGGUUAGGCCGAUCAGUGUGGACGCAGAGGGCCGCUUCUUGUCACACGCCGUCUCGGCUGGCAGCAUGGCAGGAGGGCAGUCCCGUAGGCGCCGGAGGAGGGAGGUAGGAGAAGGCAAUGAUGAGUGGGAAGGACCAAGAGGAGCUGUGCCCCCUCGGGAGAGGCUUUACUACAACGUCACCAUCUUCGGCCGGGAGUUCCACUUACGUCUGAGCCACAAUGCCAGGCUGGUUGCACCCGGAGCCAAGAUGGAGUGGCAUGAUGACAACGACAGCAUCCGGUACUCUGAGCCAUUGCACGAUGAAUGCUUGUAUGUGGGUGACAUCACAGACACACCAGGAGCCACUGUGGCGAUCAGCAAUUGUGAUGGCCUGGCCGGUAUGAUCAAGACAGAGAGAGAGGAGUUUUUUAUCGAGCCAGUCGAGAGGGGCGAUGGAGUGAUAGAAGAGGAGGAGGAGGGGGGAGGAGGAAGGACACACAUCGUCUAUCGCUCCUCAGCCGUUAAGAAAGUGCCCAUCAGCAGCGCAGCAGCCGACUACCACUCCAGAGGUGCAGAUCUUGGUGGCCUGAUGGAUCUGGAGUCUCUGUACCGUGGUGUGGAGCAGAGCAUCAACCACACGCGAGCAGGGCGAACGCGCAGACAGACCUCUGACAGAGCCUACAACAUCGAGGUGCUGCUGGGCGUAGACGACUCAGUGGUCCAGUUUCACGGGAAGGAGCAUGUUCAAAAGUACCUUCUCACACUUAUGAACAUUGUGAAUGACAUCUACCAUGACAGUUCUUUAGGAGCAAAAAUCAAUGUGGUUCUGGUGCGGAUUAUCAUGCUGGGGUACGGCAAGUCCAUGAGCCUGAUUGAACUUGGAAACCCAUCCCAGAGUCUGGAGAAUGUGUGUCGCUGGGCCUUUCUGCAACAGAAGCAAGACACAGGGGACGCCGAGUAUCACGACCACGCCAUCUUCCUCACACGGCAGGAAUUUGGCCCCACGGGAAUGCAGGGUUAUGCUCCGGUGACAGGCAUGUGCCACCCGGUUAGGAGCUGCACCCUGAACCACGAGGACGGUUUCUCCUCCGCCUUUGUGGUGGCACACGAGACCGGACAUGUGCUGGGGAUGGAGCAUGAUGGCCAGGGGAACCGCUGCGGAGACGAGGUGCACUUGGGCAGCAUCAUGGCUCCUCUGGUGCAAGCUGCUUUCCACCGCUUUCAAUGGUCCAAAUGUAGCAUGCAGGAGCUGGGACGAUACCUUCAUUCCUAUGACUGUCUUCGUGAUGACCCUUUUGACCACAACUGGCCAUCGCUGCCUCAACUUCCUGGUUUGCAUUACUCCAUGAACGAGCAGUGCCGCUUUGACUUCGGCGUGGGCUACACGACGUGCACCGCGCUACAAAAGGCGGGGCAGGCAGGAACGCAGUAUCGCACAUUUGAACCAUGCAAGCAGCUGUGGUGUAGCCACCCAGACAAUCCAUUCUUCUGCAAGACUAAGAAAGGGCCACCCAUUGAUGGAACCAUGUGUGGGGAAGGGAAGCAUUGCUAUAGAGGUCACUGCAUCUGGCUGACCCCCGACCUCAUGAGGCAAGAUGGAAACUGGGGUGCAUGGAGCGAGUUUGGCCAGUGUUCGCGCACCUGUGGUGGAGGAGUACAGUUUCGCACACGCGGCUGUAACAAUCCAACACCGCACAACGGAGGCCGGAAAUGCGUGGGGGAGGAUUCCCAAUUCCAGAUGUGCAACACCAACGAGUGUGAGGAUAUUUACAGCGAUCCAAGAGAAGAGCAGUGCCACGCUUGGGCCCUUCACUCUGAAAUCUACACCAACAAGCACCACUGGCUGCCUUAUGAACACCCAGACCCUAGCAAACGCUGCUACCUGCAUUGUCAGUCCAAGGAGACCAGAACCGCAGUCUUCACGGAGACAGUGGUCCUGGAUGGUACGCGGUGCUCAUACAAGGACCCACACAGUGUCUGCGUGGGUGCGGAGUGUAAGAAAGUGGGAUGUGACGGAGUGGUCGGCUCCUCGGAGCAGGAGGACAACUGUGGAGUGUGUGGAGGUGACAACUCCAGCUGCAAAAUCUUCAAAGACACCAUCUCACGUAACGCCAAGAAACAAGGGUUCUUUAAAGUUCUCGAAAUCCCCCGAGGAACGAGGCACUUACUGAUCCAAGAGCUGAAAGCCACCUCGCACACUCUAGUGGUGAAAAAUGUGGCAUCAGGACAGUUCUUCAUAAACGGGGACAUGGAGAAGCCAGAAUCCUACUCGGUCAUAGAGAAGGGGGUGGAGUGGGAAUAUGAGAAUGACAAUGACAAGGAGACCCUUCAGUCAACCGGGCCUCUCAGACAUGGAGUUCUGAUCAUGAUGAAAUUACACGGGGAUGAGGAUGUGAAUUUGUCGUACAAGUACUUGAUGAGAACAGACUCUGACUCUGGAAUUCAGAACAACAUGCUAGUGGAGGACAGCGCUUAUGAAUGGGCCCCAAAGAAAUGGUCUUACUGCUCUAAGCCUUGUGGUGGAGGAAAGCAGUACCUGCGAUACGGCUGCAGAAGAAAAGUCGACAGCAAGAUGGUUCAUAAAAGGUUCUGUAACAAGUCCAACAUGAAACCGAGAGGUGACAUGAGGGACUGCAACCAGAAGGCCUGCCCUCCUCCCAUCUGGGUGACGGGGGAGUGGCAGAACUGCAGCAAGCCAUGUGGAAAGACGGGCAUGCAAGUCCGAUCGGUGAGCUGCGUCCAGCUUUCGGAUGACAACACAACGCGUGCUAUCCACAACAAACACUGCAACGACAACCGUCCAGAGUCGCGCAGAUCCUGCAACCGAUUUCCCUGCCCCACCCAGUGGAGAGUUGGACCGUGGUCACAGUGCUCAGUGACAUGUGGUAAUGGGACCCAGCAGAGACAGGCUUUGUGUCACACCAGGGACAACACCAUCGGCCUGUGUCUCGACAGUAAGCCAGACACCAUAAGAGUUUGUCGCCUGACACCAUGUUCCAAGGGCCCACCAGACCUCAACAAGAACGGCAACAUUUUGAUCCAGUGGCUGUCACGCCCCAACCCCAACUUCCCGAAGAUCUCCUCACGCCGUUGUCAUGGAGACCGGUCUGUCUUCUGUCGCAUGGAGGUGCUGAAGCGCUACUGCUCUCUACCGGACUACCAGCGCAUAUGCUGCGAAUCCUGCAGCAAUGUCCCUAACAUAGUGCCUGUCCCCAGCUCCACCCCCAGAGCCACAUCCAUCACAGUUACAUCUCCUCCAACCACAAGCAUCCCAAGCUCUGGCUUCACCACCUUACAACCCUCCAAAGCUGUCAUCACAUCAGUUUCUACCAUUAGUUCAGCAUCUACUGCUCAUCCUCCUACAUCUGCCCCUACAGCUCCUCAUGCCACCCCACUGAGUACCGCAGAAAUGAUUACCAUUCAUUCACCGGCUACCACCAGGGGCCCUGGUUACCCUACAACUUCUUCCAUAGCAAUCACCAGGGAGUCCACAACCAUUCGCAGUGUUACUACAUAUCCUCUGCCUUUGCCUCCUCCAGACAUAAACAACAGCACUGAAAGUCUGGUGCACACAUCUACAAAUACACCAGUAACAUUUGGUUUGAAAAUGGACACAACAACAACCACUCUGCCAAUGACACAGCCAGCAGAAAACAGUAAAAAGACAGACAUCCUACAAAACUCCAAGCCUAAGAAGACUAUUCCGCCAAAGAAAACCUUGAAAAAGACAAGUCCAACAGAGCAGAAUCCAAAAAAGAAUACGACCCCGAAAAGCAUUCCAGGAAAACCCUCUAUACCAAAGCUCAAUCCCAAGAAGAAGUCAUACAGUACUCCAAAAAAGGUUACCUCGGGAAACACAUCUCCAAAAAAGACUACUCCAUCGAGCACUACUCUGAAAAAGACUACUCCAUCGAGCACUACUCUGAAAAAGACUACUCCAUCGAGCACUACUCCGAAAAAGACUACUCCUUCAAGCACUACUCCGAAAAAGAUUACUCCAUCAAACAAUGCUCCCAAAAAGACUACUCCAGUAAAAACUACUCUUAAAAAGAAUACUCCAUUGACCACUUCUCCAAAAAAGACUACUCCAUCAAAAUCUUCUCCCAAAAAGAUUAUCCCAUCAAACAAUGCUCCCAAAAAGACUACUCCAUCAAACGCUACCCUCAAAAAGAUUAUUCCUGCUAUCACGUCUCCAAAAAAGACUACUCCACCAAACACUACUCCAGUAAAAAAGACUACUUCAUCAAGCACUGCUCCCAAAAAGGCAGCUUCAGCAAAUAAACCCCCUAAAAAGACUCCAGGGGAAAAAAUUAAACCUUCCCCUAAAAAAGAUGCUCCACCAAAGUCCAAUACUCAAAAGAAAACUGAACCAAAGAUAAAAGUUACAAAGCACGAGCCACCAAAGAACCCAAAACCAGCACCCAAAAGUGGCUUAAACUCCCAGGCAAAAGUUAAUCAGAAUAUAUUUAAGGUGGUAAAGACUUUUCCAAAAAAGAAAACACAUCAUUACACAACUACUCCUCCUUCAACCAAGCAACCACCAACAGAGGACUUUUUUUCUACUAUUUCUCCCAGCAUUACUGGUACAACGAUAAGCUUCCUUUUCCCUGAGUCAAAAAUCAAUGUGCCAUACAACAUUAAUAACAUAGAAGUUACAAAUGAAACUCCAUGGUGGUACCAUGACAGCACAAAUACUGGACCAACAACACUCAGUACUUUCGAUGAUCUCAUAAUACCCACUGAAAACAGUUUGGUCGAGGAUGUCACAAUGCCCAGUGAAGCCAUGCCUUACAUAGAUGUCCCAGUGACUAAAACUGUUGACGUUUCAGUUACCAGUAGCAACAAUCGCGAUGGUGGUGACUUCACAGUGUCUUACACUAAAAGCGGCACAAACGUAUUAACAAAGCCCAAGGUUAACAAGAGUAGAUUUAAGGUGGUAAAGACUUAUCCAAAAAAGAAACCACAUUAUUACAUAACUACUUUCCCUCCCUAUUCAAGUCGGCAGCACCCAAUAGAGGAUCUUUCUUCUACUAUUUCUUCAAGCAUUACUGGUACAGCAAUGAUCUCCCUUUUCCCUAAAUCAAGAAUCAAUGCCCCAUAUGUCAGUAAUAGCAUGGAAGCUACAGAUCAAACUCAAUCGUGGUAUGAUGACAGUGCAAAUGCUGGAACAACAACACUAAGUACUUUUGAUGAUCUCGUAAUGCCAACUGAAAACAGUUUUGUCAAGGAUGUCACAAUGCCCAGUGAAGCCGUGACUUACAUCAUUGUGCCAGUGACUAAAAGUGUUGAUGUUUCAGUCCCCAGUGAUAACAAUCCCAGUAGUGAUGCCAUUACAGUGUCCUAUAGCAAAAGUGGCAUAAACUCAAAAGCCAAAGUUGAUAAGAGUAGAUUUAAGGUGGUAAAGACUUAUCCAAAAAAGAAAACACGUUAUUACACAACUACUCUCCCUCCCUCUUCAGAAGACAAUGGUAGCAAUCCCAGUGGCGAUGACAUCACCGUGUCCUACAGAAAUGUGGGAGUGGUCAGUAACACCAUGGUGGUAGAGGACAGCCUCACCAUGGCAUUUCCAAUCAUAAAUGGAGAUGACAUGACAGAGCUAAGCUCUUCACCCUGGCUGGAUCAGGCGGAGUACAUCCCUGCGAAUAUACCUGUUGACACAGCAUCUUCAAACACAGGUACUGCCUCACCUCCCACCAAGGCAAAGGCAAACCCAACAACCCUCACCACCACCAUCUCCACUCUAAGGCCACCACGAAGUGCUGAGAAAAACAGUGAAGACAACUCGAUCGAUGUUUUUUACAGCAGGGUCAUCAACUCGGAGAGCGACAUCUCUCAGAACAACUUGAUCCCAAAGCAUCGGAUCAACCUUAGAGAAAGAACCAGGAACAAACGCAUUCAGGAGCUCCUAGAGGAGAAGCGAAACUUUCUCUUGAGGAUGAAGAGAGGCCACGCAGUACAAUAAACCAAGCCUUAUCAUUUCUCUUAUAGAGAUGAACACUUUGUCUGAAAACACCGCUUAUCUGCCGCAAUGCUUUCUAAUGGGUAGUUCCACCAAAAAAAGAAAGAAAAAAAAGCUGUCAUAUCAGUCAAAUGUUUGCACAGUUGCUUUGAGUAAAGCCCUUUAGGGUACCGAUUGCUGCAAAUCGCCUUGCCUGUGCACACACAAUAAAGAGAAGCAGAAGGGAUUAAAAAAAAUGUACAUCCAGUAUUACAGCACUUUACAAAGCUCGGCUUUUAUCUCCCUAAACCAGCCUUUGUUUUGCUUAAGAAUUCAGUGAUAAUGUAGAUUAAAAAAAAUGUACAAUUGUACUGACACUCGCACGGCAACAAAAUCUACCACCUAGAAUCCAAAUUUUCAUCCCAUUUCAUAUUACAGCCCAGGACUGCAGUUUGCACAGUACAAAUAUGAAUACAUUUCAGUUGAGUGGCCAAUACGCAAAGCAGACAUUUAGCUUCUAUUUCACUUAACUGCAAACUAAAUUGCAAAAGUUUACACUGGUUGGAUUCUGUUGUCAUUUCCAGAGCAGUUACUUAUCUCUCAGGAAGUAGAGCUACAGUAUGACAGUUUGAUGAGGGACAUUGCCGAAUACUUGGUGCUUAAAUAGUAAAUUAUAAUAUGUCAUUAAGGUAAGCAGUACAAAAAAAAUAACCAGAGAAAAAGAAAAAAUACACAUUUUUAUUAAAAGAUUUUUACAUUCAAGGGUGCUUUGUUUGUCACUGCUGCUAAAAGCAAUGUCCCUCAUGCAUUUAUUUCUAUAGGAAAACUACAAAAAUUUAAAAGGAAAGUAUGCAAGGCUUAUGGUAUCUCUAUCCAAAGAAAAACUUUGAAGGCCAGUUUGUUAUCUUUAUUGUUUUUGUAUAAAAGUUUUUUGUUUGUGCAUUUAAUGUGCGGCAACUGCAUCUACAAGUCUUCUUGUACAAUACAUGUAUAUAUGAAACAGAAGUUAAUGUUUACUAUUUAUUAAAGACUAAGUGCCUGUGGUAUUUUGCAAUCACAAGCGUGAUUUUUGUUAUUGUGGCACAUGACAAUACGGACACACAAACCAAUCAUAUUUGUGAGUAGCCAUCAGAAUUAUUACAAGCUGUCCUUUAAUCUAUUAAUAUUCCUUUUUGAAAUACCUGGCACCA